CUUUUUUCUUUUGAUCAGGCACUUUUAACGGGCUACCCACCCCGUGCAAACGCGGGCAGAAAACCCCGUCGCUCGCUGCCGAAAGCCCUCUUCUCAUGAUCCGCCAUUAGAGUGAACCUGUGGUGGGUUGAACGGCAGGAUGCAGAUUUUCGUCAAAACCCUCACGGGGAAGACCAUAACCCUCGAGGUUGAGCCUUCAGAUACUAUUGAAAAUGUCAAGGCCAAGAUCCAGGACAAAGAGGGAAUCCCUCCUGAUCAGCAGAGGUUGAUCUUCGCUGGGAAGCAGCUGGAGGACGGACGCACGCUGUCCGACUACAACAUCCAGAAGGAGUCCACGCUGCACUUGGUGCUGAGGCUGCGCGGGGGGGCUAAGAAGAGGAAGAAGAAGUCCUACACCACCCCCAAGAAGAACAAGCACAAGAGGAAGAAGGUCAAGCUCGCUGUGCUCAAAUACUACAAGGUGGAUGAGAACGGUAAAAUCCACCGGCUGAGGCGCGAGUGUCCUGCUGAUGAGUGCGGUGCCGGCGUCUUCAUGGCGAGCCACUUUGACCGCCACUACUGCGGGAAGUGCUGCCUGACCUACUGCUUCAACAAGCCUGAGGACAAGUAGACGGAGACACACGUUGAAAUAAAGACGAAAUGUUUUGACACAA